UCGCUUGGCUUUUUUCAAAGCCUUGCUAUAACAACCUGUAAUCUGUGGACGGAGACCUCAGUUAUGCGUGUACACAGGAUGGAGUGCGCAACGUACAACAUUCAACGUUCGUGCGAACGACGAUGUGUGAAUGCGCGCCAACCAACAUCGCGAUGAUGAUGAUCAAGUGUAUCGUCUGAUGAUGUGAUUUCGGACUGACUUAAAGACCUAUAGUUUUUUCGUGCUGUUAUUGUUAACGUAACUGACGUUCACGUAAUAACUCCCACGCGGAAUCUUAUUUAAACACCAUGCAAAUAUGUCUGUGAUAUUUAGCUUUAGCUUCAAGUGAGUGGGAACGUUGGAUAAUGACAAAAAGGAAGAACAGGAACAUGAGGGCCAGAAAACAAAACGGUGAGUUGAGCAUUUGACUCAUAGAAAACUGCGACCAUGUUGGUGAGAAGAUGCUACUGCGAAGGACACUGUCCGGACGGCCAAAGGAAUGGGACCUGCGAGCUCAGGCCCGGCGGAAAGUGCUUCACCACGGCCCAGAUCGGAUAUGACGACAACGGUGACGAAUAUCCUCUCAGGUACUACGGUUGUCUUCCACCCGACGAGGGAGGCAUCAUGCAAUGCAAAGGCCAUCUCGUACCGCACGCCGAGCCCAAAUCCAUCGAAUGCUGCGACGGCUCGGACCAGUGCAACCUCCACCUCAAACCCAUGUACCCGGAACGGCCCACCCCUGACGUCCCCCAAUACGGCCCCUUCGACAGCCCCCCGUACAUAGUCCUCCUCACGUCGGUCACGUUCUGCAUAACCCUCUGCCUCAUCGUGAUAAUGAUUUGCUACUUGCGGUAUCGCAAGAAGCAAGUUUUUGUAAAUAAAGACUAUCCCGAGAAAUACCCCGCGAUGAAAAUCCACCGGCACCACCUCAUCGACGAGAAGAGCAGCGGCUCGGGCUCGGGGAUGCCGACGUUAGUGCAGAGGACGAUUUCGAAGCAAAUUCACAUGAUACGCUCGGUGGGGAAGGGUCGGUAUGGAGAGGUUUGGUUAGCGAGGUGGCGAAGCGAACGGGUGGCAGUUAAGGUGUUUUUCACAACGGAGGAGCAGUCCUGGUUUAGGGAAACGGAAAUUUACCAAACUGUGUUAAUGAGGCACGAUAAUAUACUAGGGUUCAUUGCGGCCGAUAUUAAGGGGACGGGGUCCUGGACGCAGAUGUUGCUGAUUACGGAUUAUCACGAAAAUGGCUCGCUGUUUGAUUAUCUGCAAGACCAUGUCUUGGACACGAAUUCGCUGCUCACCAUGGUCUUGAGUAUUGCGAGAGGGUUGGCACAUCUGCAUACGGAGAUAUUCGGCACCAGAGGCAAGCCGGCGAUCGCCCACCGCGACAUCAAGAGCAAGAACAUCCUGGUGAAGUCGAACCUGGAGUGCUGCAUCGCCGACUUCGGCCUCGCCGUGAAGUACUUCAGCGACACGAACGAGCUGGACGACCCCCGGGGGGCGAGCCUGGUGAGCACCCGCAGCGGCACGCGCCGCUACAUGGCCCCCGAGAUCCUCGACAACAGCAUCAACGUUCGCAGCUUCGAGGCGCAGAAAAUGGCCGACAUGUACGCCUUCGGUUUGGUGUUGUGGGAGAUGUCGAGACGUUGCAUAACCGGUGAUAAGAUCACCACAGCGGACGAUUACCAAGUGCCAUAUUAUGACUGUGUGUCGAGUGAUCCCGGUUUCGAGGAGAUGAUGCAGGUCGUUUGUGUGAAGAACAUGAGGCCGCACAUUCCCAUGCGCUGGGAGUCGGAGUACGUGCUGAAGACGCUCUCCAAAGUGAUGCAGGAGUGCUGGCACGCCAACCCCUCCGUGCGGCUGACGGCCUUGCGCGUGAAGAAGAGCCUGUCCAAGCUGGACACAGACUCGUGCAUCAAAAUCGUCUAGGUGUUCAGGAUGUAAUCUCCAAAGUAGGGUCGUAUGUUAUUACGUAACAAUUGUAGGACAUAAAUUAUUUUGAUACACCCACAAUGUGACGUGCCACUGAUACACUCGGGUUGCGAAAAAAGGGAUUUUUUCACUUUGAGUGUAACUAGGACGAUAAUUGUUGAAAUUAACAUACAAUCCCACCGAUAAGUAACAAAUUGUACAUAGGAGUAAGUAAGUUUUGUAAAUAGUACCUUUAAGUGAAGAUAUCUGUAAGAAUUCAAAGUACCUAUACAUUCACAUAUGAGUCUUUACGACAAUAUUCAACCAGCAAACGCAGAUGCAACGAUUUUUCUUGGACGAGGUUUGCCAUAACAGGUGAUUCGAAUUCACAAUUUCCUAUCAGUAGUGCCAUUUUUGUAAAUCCGGUUGAAUUUGAGUGAAAAGUUGUUGUGUCUGGAUUGGUGUUCAAAGACAAUCGUCACUUUGGGUAUUUAUAGUAUCUUGAUUUCAGACACUUGUUAAAAUUGCACGAAAUUCAAAUUAAGUUCAAAUUUGCUCAAAACGAUUUGUUUAUAUUCAAGUGCAAUGGAAUUGUUUUUUUAUUUUACUGUAAAUACAUUUUCUUCCUUUUCCGUUUCGUUUUCUUCCCUGAGAAAUAUAGGCCGUGUGACUGUAGUAUUGUGCAUUUAUGUUUGUAAAUAUACGUUAUCUUUUGUAAUAAUGUGAAGUAUCUAAAUUGUUUUUUGGAUGUGCAGUAAUAUUGCAAGACUGAUAUAUUUUGAAUGUGUAUACAAAAUAACAUGUAAUAAAUAGUUUAUAGAAA